AUGCCUGUCGAAGAAGACUGGAAGAAGAACCUCAUUGCGCCCAAGAAGGAUACACGCAAAAAGACAGAGGAUGUUGAGUCUCGGCGCAAUGUCACCUUUGAAGAGUACGGAUUGCGGCGUGAGCUGCAGAUGGGCAUUUUUGAAAAGGGGUUUGAGCGCCCGAGCCCUGUGCAGGAAGAGGCAAUCCCUGUCGCACUACAAGGCAAAGAUGUGCUAGCACGUGCCAAGAACGGUACGGGGAAGACGGCUUCCUUUGUCAUUCCUGUGCUGGAGAAGGUGGACACGCGAGAGUCGCAUGUGCAAGCCCUUUUGAUGGUUCCAACGCGUGAGUUGGCACUUCAGACGGCGCAAGUCACCAAGGAGCUUGGGAAACACAUUGCGGGACUCGAGGUGAUGGUCACAACCGGUGGAACCACCCUGCGUGAUGACAUCUUGCGUCUUCAGAACCCUGUUCAUGUGCUUGUGGCGACACCAGGUCGUGUGGUGGAUCUUGCGAGCAAAGGCACCGCAAAGCUGGACCGCUGCCGCAUUAUUGUGCUUGACGAAGCGGACAAACUCUUGUCACAGGAGUUCACCGAAUUGAUGGGGGAGCUCUAUACCUACCUCCCCCCGGACCGACAGUCCCUUUUGUUUUCUGCCACCUUUCCUGUGACGGUGAAGGACUUUGCCGACCGCUACCUGCGCAACCCCUACGAGAUCAACCUCAUGGAGGAACUCACCCUGCGAGGUGUGACACAGUACUACGUCUUUGUGGAGGAGCGGCAGAAAAUUCAUUGCCUGAACACACUUUUUAACCGCCUGCAAAUCAACCAGUCUAUAAUCUUCUGCAAUAGCGUUAACCGAGUGGAGCUGCUGGCGAAGAAGAUCACCCAGCUCGGCUAUAGCUGUUACUACAUUCAUGCCCGCAUGCAGCAGCAACACCGUAACCGCGUCUUUCACGACUUCCGUGAGGGCCAUUGCCGCAACCUUGUCUGCUCCGACCUCAUCACUCGCGGUAUUGACAUUCAGGCGGUCAACGUUGUGAUUAACUUUGACUUCCCCAAGUAUGCCGAGACGUACCUGCACCGUAUCGGCCGCUCCGGCCGCUUUGGUCACUUGGGUCUUGCGAUCAACUUUGUGACGUACGACGACCGCUACAACGUCUACCGCAUCGAAAAGGAGCUCGACACGACGAUCAAUCCAAUUCCGGGCGAGAUUGACCCUGAACUCUACGCCUCGUAA